AUGACAAAGAAAGGAGGAAAAACAGCAGCUAGUCUCAAAAAAUCAUCAUCUGGAAAUUAUGAAUACAAUCCAAAACGAAACGUCAUUGACGUGAUCCCGGAUUUAACACCAGUUGUCACCUUGCCUCCGUUGCCUUCCGAUCGGAAGAACAUUGACCCAGUUCAAUAUCGAGGUCCGAGCGAUUAUAGUAAUUGGCUAAUUCCUAAUCAUGUUUGUGUUGGAGGUUAUCCACGAUCUAAAGAAGUAGAUUCUAUUGUUUCAAGUGGUAUUUCAACGUUUGUUAACCUGGUGGAAGACGAUGAAGAGUUGAGAUGCGGACCUUUUUACUAUGAUCAUGCAUCUCGAAAGAGUACUUUACCAAAAUUAAAUUAUGUAACCUUCCCAAUUCGUGACAAGAACAUUGCAGAGGAUGACAAAGUGAAAGAACUUGUACAGCUAUUGAGAAGUUUAGUCAUGAGAGGAGAAAAAUUAUACAUUCAUUGUGUAGGUGGUCAUGGACGAACGGGAACCAUCGCUUCACUGUUGUUGGGAAAUUUGUACAACCUGCCUGCCUAUGACUCGUUGCACUGGGUUCAAGCUUUCCACGAUGUCAGAACUGUUACGAAUGGGCGAAAAUCUCCAGAAUCUACAAUUCAAAGAGACCAAGUUUUCAGACUAUUGAGCGACAAUAAAUAA